AAAACAGCAAAAUCAGGACGUGGACCAAGACAGCCUAUUUAGUACAAGUUGUAUACAAGACCGACUGAGAGGCAGAAACAGAAGGGGAAAAAGUAAAGAGUGAUUAUCUCCCUCCUUUCUUCACCAUUUACACCCACACAGCAUCCAUCACUCGUCAUGCACUGAAUCACUGGUAAGCCAUGAGCUCCACGAAUCACAAGCCAGCCCCCAUAGUCCCCUCCACCACCACCACCACCGCCCCGUCCUGCCACCAGCCCUCCUGCCUCACCACCCUCGCCGCCCGGGCCGUGGCCAGAUGCCUCACUUUUGAAGAUUAUGAGGACUGUUGCCACUACAGGUGGGAUCCCGUUAACAUUUGGCAAUAUGAGAUCCCCCACAAGAAGAAGAAGGGGAAGAAGGCGUCUGAGAGAAGCCAGAUGUUUACCGUCAACGAGGCUGCCAUCCCGCCCCCCACGCCGGCCUGGCAAGAGAUCAGGCAGUUCCGGGACUGGUGGUGGCACACGGGGGCACUGGGCAGCAUGGACUCGGUGCUGCGGGGCAAAAUCCUGUCCGCCUUUGAGCAGCUGAGUUGGAUGGCCAGGACUGAGGAGGAGUUCAUUCUGUUUCUGCUUCUUCGGAUCUGUAUUGAGACCAAGAUUGAGCUGGGCUGCUCCCCCUUCGAGAUAGAGAGUGAGUGGUGUGCAGACCUGGCCCAGAUCCUCACCCAGCUGGGCCCCUUCCCACUGCUCAAGUUGUACGUUACCCAUGAAUCUCUGGGCCUCAAGCCUCUACUCAUUAGCCUUGUUCAGCAGUCACCCCACCUGCAGGUGCUGUACGUGAACCAGUGGGCCCUGAGCAACGACUUCAUGACAGCGCUGGGGAGUCACUGUCGCCUGCUCACUGAGUUCUCCAUUCCCUAUAUGCAACCCCAAGUGUUCAUGAGCGACGAGGCCCUGUUUGCCUGCUUCUUUGACGGCAUGAGCAGCGAGGAGGUGCUGGAGUGCUGCAGGGAGGGUAACAAGGCCCCUCUCUCAUUCUCCCGGCUCAAAAUGGUGGAUAUACUUUACUGGAAACAGACACAGAGGUUCAUACAGAUGCUGGCGUGCUUCUACCCCAACGUCAGACUGAGGGACCUGGAGAUAAACUUCUUCGAGGGGGAGCAGAAGGGCAUAGCAAGUCCCUUCCUGGAGGUCGGGGCGCGGGUGCCGGCCAUGGGCGCCACCUUCAGCCUCACCGACACGUCCCUGGAGAAGCUGUCCGGUCUGGUGAAACACGCUCCGUACCUCAGAGAAUUGCGUGUGCACGUGGACGGCGGGGUGGACAGACUCACGACAGACCCAGAGACACGCAUGCAGGAGGCUGGAGUGAAACUGGACAAGCUGGUGGGUCAGUUAACAGCCUUCGAGUCCCUGGCUGUCCGCACCGACUCCCUGACUGGGGCGGUGAGUGCCUUUGAGCCAGCGCUGCUUGUGAGGGGGGAGUGCAUCACCAGCCUCCACCUGUGUUGCGAGAGGACCAUGAUGGAAUCCAAUGCGGUGUACCAGAUGGUGAACCUCUGCCCCCGCCUGUGUGUGCUGGUGCUCACCCUGCCCCUGGGGAAGAAAGAUGCCUCCUCCAGCUGCAGCAGGACAAUGCUGCAGCCUUGCCACACCCUGCACACCCUGGCCGUCCUGAACAGCGGGUGGGCGUCCCUGCCGGAGGACCCCUGCCCCCUGAAGAUCAUGCACCACAUCCUGGAGGCCGCGCACAACCUCAAGACCUUGGGCCUCUCCUGCACCAUGGCGAUGAAAGACGACCUCUCAACCCUCGCAUCAGACUCCCUCCGUUCCUUGCACCUCCAGUUCACCACCCAGCCUGGGACGCCCUCAGAGCUUGCCACCUUUCUCAACCCCCUCGUCCCAAACUUCCCUCACCUCCGCACUCUCUCCCUGGACGAGAAGUUUGCCCAGUUCCCCCUUGAGGCACUUGCUCCCCUGCUAAGGACAGGGAUUAAUGUGACAAAGUGGGUGCCCGAGUUUCUCCACCCUGCCAAGUGGGAGUUUCCAAGUGAAUCUGUUAAUAUUUUUAGUUUUUAAGUGUGUGUUUGUGUUUGUGUGUGUGUGUGUUUGUUUGUUUGUUUAGAUUUGUUUGUUUGUUUGUAUGUUGUUAUUUGGUUUUAUGAGUGAGUGUGUGUGUAUGUGAAAAAAAAAGUGACUAUGUUUGUGUGUGUUUGAAAGAGUGUGACUAUAUUUGUGUGUGUGUGUGUGUGUGUGUGUGUGCAGGAGUUAUGUUAUGUUUUGUCAGUCAGUCAGUCAGUCAGUCAAUUAAUCAGCUUCCUGGUGCCAUCAUGAAAAGUCUGUCCCAAGAAAAAGUAAUAAUAAAGAAAAACAAAAAAAUAUUGAAUUAUAGAUGGGAAAGAGAGAGAGAGAGAGAGAGAGAGAGAGAGAGAGAGAGAGAGAGAGAGAAUGAAAGAUAAACAGGGCUUUAUUCGAGAAAAUAGUGAGGAAAGGAAAAAAUAAGAUAGAAACUUGGGGGGGGAGAGAGAGAGAGAGAGAGAGAGAGAGAGAUAUAAGACAAGUAUAGAAAGGAGAGAAAGAGAGAGAAGAUAAAUGAAGACAAGGAGGGAGGAGAAAAAAAAUAAUCAUAGAGACAGAAAAGAAAAACAGUAAUGAUUUUGAGACAGAAGGAAUACGA